AUGUGCCAACAUCAUCGUCGUUCCAAACGAGACCCGUGCUCAGCAGCCAACAACAAUGAGAUCACCGUCGAGCAUACUGCGAUCAAAUGGACGGUUUCGUUCCAACUGAAAAUGAUCAUCGGACAGGCGACGUUGAGUUGUCGAACUCUCGCGAAAACUGAUCGUUUGACACUUGAUGUUCGUGACCUGUCAAUUCGAUCGGUGUCGAUCAAUGGAAUCGAUUGCGAUUUUCGCAUCGCGCCCAACACUUAUACGUUCUUCGGAUCCAAGAUGACUGUUUAUUUGCCGCAGGACUGCCAGAAGGAGGGCCUUCUUCUAUCGGUCUUGAUUCAAUACGGAACAUCACCGGAUGCCACCGCCCUUCAAUGGAUGAAGAAGGAGCAGACGGCGGAUAAGAAGGCGCCCUACCUGUUCUCGCAAUGCCAGGCGAUUCACGCGCGGUCGAUUGUGCCUUGCAUGGACACGCCAUCCGUCAAGAGCACCUAUGAGGCGGAGGUCACGGUGCCGGCGGGCCUCACCUGCUUGAUGUCGGCUAUCGGACAAGGCUCGAAAGGCGACGACGAGACGACGACGUUCUUCUACAAACAGCCGGUGGCGAUACCGAGCUAUCUCAUCGCCAUCGUCGUCGGCUUCUUGGAGAAGCGCGACAUAAGCGAUCGAUGCUCGGUGUGGGCCGAGCCGUCGGUCGUCGACAAAGCGCAUUGGGAGUUCGCCGAGACCGAGGAGAUUCUCGCGACCGCCGAGGCGAUCGCCGGCAAAUACAUAUGGGGACGCUACGACAUGGUGUGUUUGCCGCCAUCGUUCCCAUUCGGCGGCAUGGAGAACCCGUGUCUGACCUUUUUGACGCCGACGCUCAUCGCCGGCGAUCGAUCGCUGGUGAGCGUCAUCGCUCAUGAGAUCGCGCACAGCUGGUCGGGAAAUCUGGUGACCAACUCGAGUUGGGAGCACUUUUGGCUCAAUGAGGGAUUCACGAUGUUCAUGGAGCGCAAAAUUUGCGGUCGACUCGUCAGCGAGGAGUAUCGACAAUUCAUGGCGUUCAAUGGAUGGACGAAUGCAUUGAUUCCAGCGGUCUAUGAGCAGUUCACUCCGACUCAUCAAUUCACCAAAUUGAUCCAGGAUCACACCAAUGUCGAUCCGGACGUCGCAUUUUCAUGUGUCCCUUAUGAGAAGGGAUCAGCAUUGCUCUUCUAUUUGGAGCAAAAGCUUGGCGGAAAAGACAUCUUCGAAGCGUACCUUCGCGAUUACUUGAAGACGUUCGCGCAUCAAGCGAUCAACAGCUUCCAAUGGAAAGAGCACUUGUACAAGUAUUUCGAUGAUAAGAAGGCGAUUCUGGAUACCGUUAAUUUUGACGCCUGGUUUUAUGGCGUCGGAAUGCCGCCGGAGAAGCCCGAGUACGAUCAGACGAUGGCGGAGGCUUGCAAGAAUCUCCUCAAGAUCUGGAUGGAUGCUGAUGAGAGCAAUGUGUUGGAGAUCGGCGACAAGGCUUAUUUUGAAAUGCAGCCCCUUCAGCAGAUCGAGUUCCUUUCCCAAUUGUGGCAGAGAGAUCCGCCCAUUGAGCAUUACAAGCUUGAUGCUCUAAAUAAGAUUUACAAGCUGAACGAGUCGCAGAACGCCGAGAUUUUGUUGAACUGGCUCCGUUUGUGCAUCAAAGCGCGUUGGGAGGAAUGCAUUCCCAAGGCGUUGGAGUUUGUCAACUCGCAAGGCCGCAUGAAGUUCUGCCGGCCGAUCUAUCGCGACCUAGCCAACUGGCCGGCGGCGAACAAAAAGGCCCGCGAUGUGUACCUCAAAGGACGCGCUCAGAUGCAUCCGAUCACCGCUGAGAUGAUCGCCAAGGAGUUGCACAUCAGACAUUCGACUCAUACCGUAUGCUUCUAA